UCCUUCCUGUAGCUGGCCAGCCGGAGCCCAGCCUGCUGCCAUCUCUCCGCAGGAGCUGCUGCUGCUGACAUCACAAGCGGCCCUUCCUUUUGUGUGUUCCUGAGCGCACCGGGGGCUGCGUGGGGACAAUGGAAUCCUGAACUCGGGGCGCGGGCAAGUGGGAAGCUGCUGCUGAGGAUGAGUCAAGGCUGAGCCCGGGGAGGGGAGAAGCUGCUGCUGCUUGAGGGCUGGAACAGGUGAGAGACGGGGAGGAAGCUGCUGCUGCUGCUGCUCCUGGACUGAGCCAGCGAGAGACACGAGUGGCCAGGCCCAGCCGCGCCGCGGAGGAGCCGCCAGACACAAAGGGAGAGGUUUGGGUUGUGUGGUGGGGGGGUCCGCUAUGUCGGAUGACGAUUCGAGGGCCAGCACCAGCUCCUCCUCAUCUUCAUCCUCCAACCAACAGACCGAGAAAGAGACAAACACCCCUAAGAAGAAGGAAAGCAAAGUCAGCAUGAGUAAAAACUCCAAGCUCCUUUCCACCAGCGCCAAGAGGAUUCAGAAAGAAUUGGCUGACAUCACUUUAGAUCCACCUCCCAAUUGCAGCGCUGGCCCCAAAGGCGAUAAUAUCUAUGAAUGGAGAUCAACUAUUCUAGGACCUCCAGGCUCAGUAUAUGAGGGUGGAGUUUUCUUCCUUGAUAUCACAUUUACACCAGAAUAUCCCUUCAAGCCUCCAAAGGUUACAUUUCGGACAAGAAUCUAUCACUGUAAUAUUAACAGCCAAGGAGUGAUCUGCCUUGACAUUUUAAAAGACAACUGGAGUCCAGCAUUAACCAUUUCUAAAGUUCUCCUCUCCAUCUGCUCACUUCUUACAGACUGCAACCCUGCUGAUCCCCUGGUUGGAAGUAUUGCCACUCAAUAUAUGACUAACAGAGCAGAGCAUGACAGAAUGGCCAGACAGUGGACCAAAAGAUAUGCUACAUAAAAUGGAUUUUUGUCAAACUCUUGCAUUAUUUGUCUGUGAUGGAAAGAGCUGCUUAUUGAUUUUGAAGUGGGGGGAGGGAGGGUGCUGGUAAAGAGUAGGGUAUUUCUAUAACAGAUUUUAUUCAGUCUUUUAUUUCCUAAGAUUUUGUUGUUGUAACUUAAGGUAUCUUGCUACAGUAGACAGCUAGAAUUGGGAACAGCAUAUUUUAAGACUGUCAUUAGUUCAGCAAUAUUAGCUCACAUAUAGUACCAAGAAGAAUGUAAACUUAAACAUGUUUUUGGUUCAGUUGCUUGCGAUAUGUGAAAGAUAAAACAGCUUAAUUUUGUACAGGUACAUAUGUUGACAUUUAUGUAAAAGUCCUUUGAAGACUCUACACACUGGGUAUUUAGUUUUUGUUUUUGUAAAAGAUGUUGGGAUUUUUUCCCCCCUUGGGAGGGUGUGCUGGUAUUUAACAAUUCCUUUUUAAAGACUCAUCUCAUGAUAUGUAAUAUGGAGGAGUGGAUAUAUGGCCUCAUAUAGGAAAUGAGAAGUAGUUAAUGUAUUAUUUUAUGCGCCAAUCUACCUUUGUGUAAAGAAUAAAGGUUUUAAUCAGGAUUUAUGGCAACCUGUAGUGAAAUACCUUAAGCUGUUUAACUGUAAGGCGUGGAAUAGGAGUCACUCAGUGGAUUGGUUGUAUGUUGUGGGCUACUUAAGUCUGCAUUUGUUACUGUGCUAAUAAAAAUAUGUAAAAAA